AUGCGCUUCUCCGUUCUUACCGCUGCUGGCCUCAUCGGCGCUGCCGCCGCCGCCCCGGCCCCUGCUCCCGUUGCCCUCAACUUCGACGAUGUCAUCGUUGUCGGUGAGGAUGGCACCCACCAGAUUAUGAAGUCUGCCGAGUACGACGCUCUUCAGGCUCGCGCCGCCCUUGUCCCCGCUCCCGCCAUCAAGUCCCCUGAGGGCGUCUCACGCCGUGGCUGCGAGGAGUCCACUGAGAUUCAGGUCCUUACUGACGACGAGUUUCUCAACUGGGACGUCGCCAUCUCUCCUGUCCUGAGCUCCAACGGCGGCUCUGCCACCGUCUCUGUUGCCAACGGUUACUCCAUUGCCAACUCUGUUUCUGUCACAGCUGGUAUGACAGCCACUGUUGAGAAAGUCCUUGGCCUGUCACUCUCCGUCAGCUAUUCCGAGACAUGGACCACUACCGAGACCCAGACCAUUGGUUUCACCGUUCCUGACGGCCAGUACGGUCUCGUUGUCUCUCAGCCCAGCGUCCACCGGGUGACUGGCAACGUCCUGUCUGGCUGCACCGACAGCCCCAGCAAGACCGAAUUCACCUCUGACACCUACACCAGCCAGUCCUACGGCAACCUUGCCUGGGUCAAGGGUGUCAUCCGUCUUUGCAACAGCACCACCUACCCCGUCCCCUACUGCAUUGGCAACGGUGAGCAUCGAUAA